GCUGCUGCUCUACAAGUGGAAUUUUUUCUUUCUGCUGCUUGGUUGCUGAGAAAGUGCUGGUAAAAAAGGGUGCGUUUGGAUAAUCGUGUUUGGGGUUACUAGGCUACUCUCGACCCUGGACCUUGCCUCAAUCUCAUUUCUCUCACGUAUCGCGGUAUAGGCAAUAUAAGUAAUAAAAGGGGAAAUUGUGUAAGUAUGGCAAGCAUGUUCAUGGCACCUACCUUCAGUCUUCUUUCCGUCAAUAGAAGCAGCAGUGGAUGCAGAAAGCCAGACUGCACUCCUAGGCAGUAUCAUGCUAUAACAAUGAGGAUAGAGAAACCUCUGGAGGAGUUAUACAAUGUGAGGGUGGAAAGGCAAGUGUCACCAAAGCGACUGGAAGAGCUGGGGGUUUCACGAUGGUCGAUAUGGAAGACUGGCAAAUCUAGGUUGCCUUGGGAUUGGCAUGUGGACCAGUUGGUUUACAUUGAGGAAGGGGAGGUGAGGGUUGUGCCUGACGGAAGCAAAAAAUACAUGCAAUUUGUGGCAGGAGACCUUGUUCGCUAUCCCAAGUGGUUUGAGGCUGACCUCUUCUUCAAUGGUCCCUACCAGGAGCGCUACCGCUUCCGAGCAUAUGGGGAUGACUAGUAAUUCUGCAUUACAUUUUUUCUGAAAGUUUGUUUUGGGUUCUGAUAUCCUCUCUUCUCCUUUUUUAAUCUUGGGUUCCUCUAGAGAGAUACACACUCCCCUGUGAACUUAAGACCAGUUUUCUGAUGUAUAAGUGUAUCAAUUUUAGUUGCGGCCCAAGUGAAUAGAAAUGAAUCAGAAGUUAAUGUACACUUUGAUUAUGCAUUUUUUGUUUAAACGAAUUCUCUCCA